UCGAAAGCAGCUGAAUCUGCUGUUGUAUUCUUUGUGCAUUUUUAAAAAAUAAUUUAGAUUAUUUUUAGUGAAUUAUGUCGAACGAUAACACUUUAGAUUUGCACUAUGUGCAACAGAGUUUUCAGAGAAGUCUCAAAGAAGACGACGAUGUCGUCAUUGAGGCUUACAUUGAUGGAUACAACGAACUCGUAAAGUUCUUAAAUCUGAUUGGAUCAGUGUUUUCGUUCGUGAGUAGCGACGUAAAGAGUAAGAUUAAGGUCAUGGAGAAACAUAGGGAAGGGGAGACUGCUGUGUACUAUGAGUCUUUUAAGAAAAUGAUGAAGUAUGAGAAAGAAACGAGUCUCCACGACAAGAGCGGGUUUGUGUCGGGCUCGCGGACAAUGUUGCGAUUGCAUAGAGGCUUGGAUUUCAUCCGACUAUUCUUGAAGCGCCUGAGUGAAGGUGACGAGACUAUGAGCACCUGCUACACGUGCCAGGGCUCGUACAAUGAAACGCUAGCAGAGUUCCACCCGUGGUACAUCCGUAAGGCGGCCACUCUUGCCAUGCACGCACUGCCAUCUAGACCAGAUUUAUUAAAAAAGAUAUUCGGGUCUGAAGAGAGCCUGACCGCAGCUAUGACCAUCCUACCUCAGACACUGAUGUCGUGCGACGAGGUAUACAGGCGAGUCGAGCAGUUGUACACAGACUUUGAGUUCCAUGAGUUGCCAUAGACAAAACAGACCACCAGUGUUCCAGACGAUUCCAGCUAAUGUUGCCAGUGUAAGCGAGGUAAUCGCGCUUUCAGUGUUGCCUGUUAAGUAAUAAUUUUAUGAGGCUGGUUGUCUUUUUGGACGCCUACUACGUAAAUGUUUGGUGUGGCUAAAAAACGAAACAUUUAAAAAUUAUAAUAAUCUGAAGUAAGCCGUAUAAAACCUGUUCACAAUAAAUGCUGAUAUUGCAGAAUGAACAAAGAAAUACUUCCAUGCGUAUGCAUACUGAAUAGAAACGUACCUAAAUAUUGAAUCGAUUGAUAGAUAUGUACUUGUUAUAAGAACAACUUUGCUUGGAAUACCCUGUAUUAGAUAAGUUAAAGUUAAAAAUAAGAUGAUGGUACAAAACUAAAGCAGGUCUGAUCAUAAAUAUUGAAUAUCAACUUGAUUGUUUUCAAGGGCUACCUAAACAAACUCCGACAAACUUUACUUCGACAUUAUGUUACUCCGACACUACUGAAUAUCGACAUGACUUCGACACUACACUACUCAGACAAAGGAUAUUACGCCUUUGUACACGAAUUCCAUUCCAUUUAGACACGAAUUUUUUCGCCCUUUAUAAGUAUUUCCGACACUAAGUACCGUAUUCGAUUGUGCAGUAUAAGGAAAGGAAAACUUCGAUUCCUAAGUCAGUAAAUAUCUUUUAUUCCUUAUUAAAUGGAAGGAGACUGCGAAAUGUUUAUAUCAAUAGAAACUGAUAAUUUACGACGAUACAAUUUAAUUGUAGGUAAUUGUUUUUGAAGUCACGUAAUCUUGUUUUGCUAUCACGUUUGCUAUAACUACAACCAAGGUCGCUUAUUAAUGUUUUGCUCGUGUUUUAAAACAUUGUGCAGUUUUUAAUCCUACUUUUUGAAAGAUAUUUGGCUAGAAUGUUGUUUUGAAUUUGGCGCUUUAGCUUAAUUUCCUUUCCACUGACGUUAUUUUUAUAGUUCUUAUUUGUUUCUUUUCAUAUAAUAAGAAAUGAAAGAGAUUAUCAAUUAAAGAUACUUCUAUUAUACUAUCUACUGAUAUAGAUGAUCCACGCUGAACUGUCCCACCAAACUCAAUGACAGGGGGGCGCUACCAUCGUUCAACUAUAUGGUUUCAAACAUGGCAAAAAUCUGAACCAGCGAUCCGGUAUUGACGGUGGCGCCCCUCUGUCAAUGUCAUCCAUAGGACAGUUCAGUAUUUUGGAACUUUAACAGUAAUUUCAUUUUAUCGGUGUUGUAAAAUUGAUGACGUUUGUUUGACGUGGCCCUUAUCAACGAAGGGAUUAACCUUGGUGCCGCUUUUAAUCAACUUUGUCCAGCUGAUUGCUUGCUAUUAAAAUGUAUUUAGCUAAGGGCUGAUUUUUCAAUCGUCGGAUAACUUUUAACUGAAGAAUAAGUUUGUCAUUUUGGCAUAUUUCCCAUACUAAACCUGUCAAAGUGCCAAACUUAUUCUUCAGUUAAAAGUUAUCUGACGAUUGAAAAAUCAGCCCUAAAGGAGUUAGAAUACGACCGCGAACGGCGCAGGCGCAAAUAAAAGAAAAUUAAAUGUCGCGGAGAGGCAAUCACGCUCUAUGUCUUUGAUCGAAUCGAUUGUCUUGUACAGCCAGUUUCGUGACACCCAAA